AUGUGGCAAUUGUUGAUAGUCUUGGCCUGCCUGCUACCUGGUUGCCUCUGGGUGCAGGUGCAGGCGGUUUUCCUCGAGGAAUGCAAAGGUGUGAUCAUCAAUAAGGUGACUAACGAGAACCAGGAGUGCAGUGAAUUCGUUCACUGCGAUGGCGAUGAUUCCUACUACUGCAAUGGCGAUUGCCGCGAGGCGGUCGAGUGUUAUACCGAUGUGGUUACCACGCCAGCUACCACUUUACGGCCUACAGUAAUCACUACGGAAAGAGCACCAGUCAACGAAGAACCGGUCAACACUACCUCUACUUCAGCUUCUACCACCCCUUCAACGAUUGCUGUACCACCAUCCACUACCACCCCGGCUCCGAGCACCGAUGUCCAUGUCAUCUGCAAGACGAGUGGAAAGAAUGGGGUCUAUCCCUAUCCGGCAAACAGCAACUACUAUUAUCAGUGUAUUUCCGGUUUUCUGCUGCUCCAGCAGUGCCCACAGAACAGUCAUUUCGAUGUCACCCAGGGCCAGUGUGUUGCCACAAAACGCAAUCGUUCAUCGGGCUUACGUUUGUAA